CGUAGUGUCACCCAAGAGCACGCAAGGCAACUGUAACCUGUUUAAAAGAGGUUGUUUAAAAGAAAAAAAAGAAAAGGACAGAGUUUGCUUAAAACACUUGUGAUGGAUUAAAACACUCAGAGGAAGGUGCUCUUUGUUUUUCCUUUUUUUUUUUUUUUCUCUAAACAACUUCUAAUAAGGAUUUUCUUACCUGGAUGUUUCGCUUUAAAGGAUUUGAUUGUUUGACUGAGCGCCCUUGGGAAUAACUGUUGAGACAUUCUGACAAAGCGGGAAACAGGAUUAAUAUUCUCAGGAUUUUUAGAUGAAUUUUUGUCUAUUUCACUGUUAUGGGUGUUAGUCUAUGAUCGAGUGAAAGCAGGAAGAGCAGAGCACGACUGAGGAGGAGCAGUGCCAACCUGGAACAUGGUGCCUAAUAUUUACCUGUCAGUACCCCUCCUCCCCACAGGGUUGCCAUUUCUCCUUCUACUAAGCUGCAUGGUGCUCUCCUCACAGGCAGACAGCUUGCCGAGUUUCGUCAAAACUCCAGAGGACCAGACAGGGAUUUCGGGAGGGGUGGCAUCCUUUGUGUGCCAGGCGGUGGGUGAGCCCAAGCCGAGGAUCACGUGGAUGAAGAAGGGAAAGAAAGUCAGCUCUCAGCGCUUUGAGGUGAUUGAGUUUGAUGACGGCUCAGGCUCCGUGCUGCGCAUCCAGCCGCUGAGAACACACAGGGAUGAGGCAAUCUAUGAGUGCACAGCCACCAACAGCGUGGGAGAGAUCAACACCAGUGCCAAACUCACCGUGCUAGAAGAGGACCAGAUUCCUCAUGGCUUCCCUACCAUUGACAUGGGUCCCCAGCUGAAGGUCGUUGAGCGGCUACGCACGGCCACAUUGCUGUGUGCCGCCAGCGGCAAUCCAGACCCUGAAAUCUCCUGGUUCAAGGACUUUCUGCCCGUGGACGUCAACGGCAGCAAUGGCCGCAUCAAGCAGCUCCGUUCAGGUGGUUCACCAAUUCGAGGCGCUCUACAGAUCGAGAACAGCGAAGAGUCGGACCAGGGGAAAUAUGAGUGUGUGGCUAUGAACAGUGCAGGAACACGUUACUCUGCUCCUGCCAACCUCUAUGUACGAGAACCACGGGAAGUGCGGCGAGUCCCACCUCGCUUCUCUAUCCCCCCAACCAAUCACGAGGUGAUGCCAGGUGGCAGCGUUAACCUCACGUGUGUGGCCGUGGGUGCUCCCAUGCCAUAUGUAAAGUGGAUGGCGGGCGAGGUGGAACUGACCAAAGAGGAGGAGAUGCCCAUAGGCCGUAACGUGCUGGAGCUAACCAACAUCCGUCAGUCUGCCAACUACACCUGCGUGGCUAUCUCCUCUCUGGGCAUGAUCGAGUCUACAGCACAGGUCUCGGUCAAAGCUCUUCCAAAGCCCCCCACCUCGCUCACUGUGACCGAGACCACCGCCACCAGCGUUACUCUGACAUGGGACUCAGGCAACCCAGAGCCUGUGUCCUAUUACAUGAUCCAGUACCGCGCCAAGGCCUCAGACAGUGGCUUCCAGGAGGUGGACGGCGUGGCCACCACACGCUAUAGCAUCGGUGGCCUCAGCCCGUACUCCGAGUACGAGUUCCGCGUCAUGGCCGUCAACAACAUCGGACGCGGGCCCCCCAGCGACCCCGUGGAGACGCGCACGGGGGAGCAGGCGCCGUCCUCACCUCCGCUUCGGGUCCAGGCGCGAAUGCUAAGCGCCAGCACCAUGCUGGUGCAGUGGGAGCCUCCAGAGGAGCCCAAUGGACAGAUCAGGGGCUACCGCAUCUACUACACGUCCAACCUGAACGCUCCGCUCAGCGCCUGGCAGAAGCACAACACAGACGACAGCCUGCUCACCACCAUCUCCGGCCUGACCCCAGAUAUCACCUACAGCCUGCGUGUGCUUGGCUUCACCUCUGUGGGCGAUGGACCACCUUCAGACGUGCUGCAAGUGAAAACCCAACAAGGAGUCCCAGCCCAGCCGUCCAGUUUUGAAGCUGAAGCUGAACUGGACACGCGAAUCUUGCUGACGUGGCUCUGGCCAGUUCAGGAUCCCAUCACCAAAUAUGAGCUCAUGUACUGGGAGGCCAAUUCAGACGACAAGAUCCACGUCACCUUCGACCCUGCUGGUUCCUACGCAGUAGAAGGCCUUAAGCCAGACACGCUGUAUAAGUUCUCCCUGGCAGCACGCUCUGAGAACGGUUUGGGGGUGUACACGCAGCCUAUUGAAGCCAGGACCGCUCAGUCCACCCCUUCUGCCCCUCCUCAGGAUGUUCACCUGCUCAGUCAGAGCUCUACCAGCAUCAAGGUGAGUUGGGUGGCCCCGCCCGCCGACAGUCGCCACGGCGCCAUCGUGCGCUACACUGUCAGCUACCAGGCGGUGAGUGGCGAAGACACAGAGCGCCACGAAGUGCCAGACAUCAGCGCGGACGCUACCAGCCACGUGCUGGAGGGUUUGGAGAAGUGGACGGAGUAUCAGGUGUGGGUGAGGGCGCACACUGAUGUGGGCCCCGGCCCAGAGAGCGCACCCGUUCGGAUCAGAACGAAUGAGGAUGUGCCUGGUGCCCCCCCUCGGAAGUUGGAAGUGGAGGCUGUAAACUCUACAGCUAUACGGGUGACUUGGAAGCCACCCUUGUCUGGGAAACAGCACGGCCAAAUCCGGGGAUACCAGGUCAUUUUCUCCCGGCUGGAGAACGGAGAGCCUCGUGGCCAACCAAACAUCAUGGAUGUAGCUCUACCCGAGGCCCAGUGGAAAAUUGAGGAGUCCACGGAAUAUGAGGCCUACAUAACUGGACUCCUCCCUGAGACCACAUACUCAGUUACCGUAGCAGCAUACACCACCAAGGGCGACGGAGCUCGCAGCAAAGCCAAAGUCAUCACCACCACCGGAGCAGUGCCUGGAAAACCCAGCAUGAUCAUCAGCACUACUGUGGAGAACACUGCCCUCAUCCAAUGGCAGCCACCCAAGGAGAUGGUCGGUGAACUGAUUGGCUACCAGCUGCGUUACAAACGGGUUGAGGAGGAGACUUUUACCGUUAUAGACCUCAAGAGGACCGACGACUACUACACGGUCACGGGCCUGCACAAGGGCGCCACCUACAGCUUCCACCUGAGCGCUCUGAAUCGGGCAGGCAGCGGUGAGGAGUAUGUGAAGGAGAUCAGCACUCCGGAGGACGUGCCCUCUGGGUUUCCCCUCAAACUGGAAGUGGUGGGGCUCACAGCCUCUUCCACCAGCCUGGCCUGGGAGCCCCCAGCGCUGGCCGAACGGAACGGCAGGAUCAUCCAGUAUCUGGUGGUGUAUCGUGACAUUAACAGCCAGCAGAACAGCACGAACCGGACCACGGAAACCAAGAUGACCAUCCAGGGUCUGAGGCCGGACACUACCUAUGACAUUCGUGCACAAGCUUUCACCAGCAAGGGUGGAGGACCACUCAGCCCCAGCAUCCAGAGCAGGACCAUGCCCCUCCCCCCGGAUUUUGCCACCAAUUUUAGUGUCAAGGCUGUGAUGAAAACAUCUGUCCUGCUCACCUGGGAAGUGCCAGAAAACUUCAAAUCCCAAGUGCCUUUUAAGAUCUUGUACAAUCAGCAGAGUGUGGAGGUACAAGGUAAACUGAAGAGGAAACUGAUCACCAGACUGCAGCCAGACACAGAGUAUUCCUUUAUGCUCACAAGCAGAGGGAACAGCGCUGGUGGCCUGCAGCAGCAGGUGUCCAUCCGCACCGCGCCCGACCUGCUCAAGACCAAGCCCGUCUAUUUGCCUGAACAGACCAACAGUGGCAAAGUCACCAUCAGCCUGCCCAAAGUGCCCAGCUCUGCUCCCGUCAAGUGUUAUUACAUUGUGGUGGUCCCAGCCUCACUGUCGUCAUCACGUAGAUGGGAUAAUCCUGAUGACAUGGAACUCGAUGAGCUCCUGGAGUCUAGUGAAGGCCACCCCCAGAGGACACGUCGACAGGCAGACGCCCCCAGGCCCUACAUCGCCGCCAAACUCACUUCCCUCCCAGACACCUUUACCUUGGGUGACGAGAGAGACUACAGUGGCUUCUACAACCGACCUUUGGCCAGCGGCCAACAGCACAUGUGUUUCAUCAUGGCUGAACUUAAGGACCAGUAUGCCCGCAUCUUUUCAGCCAGUCCAUACUCUGAUCCAAUCCAAGUGUCCGGUCCUGGACCCCGGGUCCCUCAAGUUGACCAGCCAGAGAUGUUGUGGGUGAUGGGUCCAGUCCUCGCUGUGGUCCUCAUCGUUAUUAUCGUCAUCGCCAUCCUGCUUUUCAAGAGAAAACGGGCGUCGCCCCUGCCUAAAGACGAUCACUCCGGUGGGGUGAAGGACUGUCUCCUGGCCAAUUCGUCAGAUCCCGUAGAAAUGAGGAGACUCAACUACCAGACAGCAGGCAUGAGGGACCAUCCACCUAUUUCUCUGUGUGACUUGGCUGACCGCAUCGAACGCUUGAAGGCCAAUGACGGUUUGCGUUUCUCUCAGGAGUAUGAGUCGAUUGACCCUGGCCAGCAGUUUACCUGGGAGAAUUCUAAUAUGGAAGUCAACAAGCCUAAGAACCGUUACGCUAAUGUCAUCGCAUAUGACCAUUCUCGCGUCGUGCUCUCCUCUGUGGACGGUGUUCCAGGUAGCGACUACAUUAAUGCCAAUUACAUAGACGGCUACAGGAAGCAGAAUGCUUAUAUAGCCACCCAGGGUCCACUCCCUGAGACGCUGAGUGACUUCUGGAGAAUGGUGUGGGAGCAAAGAGCCAACACCAUUGUCAUGAUGACCAGACUGGAGGAGAAAUCUAGAGUGAAAUGUGAUCAGUAUUGGCCUGUUCGGGGAACAGAGACUUAUGGAAUGAUUCAGGUGACCAUGCUUGAUACGGUUGAGCUGGCCACUUACUGCGUACGCACCUUUGCUCUAUAUAAGAAUGGUUCCAGUGAGAAGCGGGAGGUCAGACAGUUCCAGUUCAUGGCCUGGCCAGACCACGGAGUGCCUGAAUAUCCCACCCCUAUCCUUGCUUUCCUGCGCAGGGUCAAAGCCUGCAACCCCCCUGACGCCGGACCCAUGGUGGUGCACUGCAGUGCCGGCGUGGGUCGCACCGGCUGCUUCAUCGUCAUCGAUGCCAUGCUGGAGCGUAUGAAGCACGAGAAGACGGUGGACAUCUAUGGUCACGUGACGUGCAUGCGCGCUCAGAGGAACUACAUGGUGCAGACGGAAGACCAGUACAUCUUCAUCCACGAAGCCCUUCUGGAGGCAGCCACCUGUGGAAACACCGAGGUGCCCGCCCGCAACCUCUACGCCCACAUCCAGAAACUCACACAGCCUCCGCCCGGAGAGACCGUCACCGCCAUGGAGCUGGAGUUCAAGAGACUGGCCAACUCCAAAGCUCACACUUCGCGCUUCAUCAGCGCUAACCUGCCUUGCAACAAGUUCAAGAACCGGCUGGUCAAUAUCAUGCCCUUUGAGUCCACACGCGUGUGCCUGCAGCCAAUCAGAGGAGUGGAGGGUUCCGAUUACAUCAACGCCAGCUGCAUCGACGGAUACAGGCAGCAGAAAGCCUACAUUGCCACUCAGGGUCCAUUGGCAGAGACCACAGAGGACUUCUGGAGGAUGCUGUGGGAACACAACUCUACCAUUGUUGUCAUGCUGACCAAACUCCGCGAAAUGGGACGGGAAAAGUGCCAUCAGUACUGGCCUGCUGAACGCUCAGCUCGCUACCAGUACUUUGUGGUGGAUCCUAUGGCUGAGUACAACAUGCCUCAGUACAUACUGCGAGAGUUCAAAGUCACGGAUGCCAGGGAUGGCCAAUCCAGGACCAUUCGCCAGUUCCAGUUCACGGACUGGCCUGAGCAGGGAGUGCCAAAAACUGGCGAGGGAUUCAUUGAUUUCAUUGGCCAAGUGCAUAAAACCAAGGAGCAGUUUGGGCAGGAUGGACCAAUCACUGUGCAUUGCAGUGCUGGCGUGGGCAGGACAGGCGUGUUCAUCACUCUCAGUAUCGUGCUGGAGAGGAUGAGAUACGAAGGAGUGGUCGACCUGUUCCAGACUGUCAAAACACUCCGAACUCAGAGACCCGCCAUGGUGCAAACAGAGGACCAGUACCAGCUGUGCUACAGGGCAGCACUGGAGUAUCUUGGGAGCUUUGAUCACUAUGCAACGUAACCACUCCUGGAAA